UUUUCGCCUUCACCAUCACUACCAUCUUUAACUCUUCAUCCACUCCCACACCAUAUAUCACUAAAAAGACAGCGACAGUGCACGCUCGAACAUCUCAACUAUGUGUGAUACUCCCGGUCUUAUCACCUCACUGCAGGAGAAUAUCGUCGCUCUCGAGCAAAAUCGCAAGAUUCUCCAGGACACCUAUCUCCUGCUCUCAGCUAGAAAUCCCGAUGAUAAAGAGAGCAAGAACAAGUCGGACAACCACAAGAGUCGCAAACCACCCUUCGGUCCCGACAGCCAUUUACUAUCAAAGCUCUGGAGCAAAUCCGGAAAGUCCAUCGAUGCGUUCGGGGAUCUGCUCCUCUCCGAAGAAGAGGCUUGCGCAAAAGAGAUUCAGGACCUCAAAAAGACUCUCCUCGCCAUGGUGCCAACGGCGGAGCAACGAAUUCAACUGUCCCAACUCGGCAGGGGCGAAAAAGUCGAGCUCACGCAGAUCGCCAGGGAUCAGGCCGUGGAGCUUGCGCGUCUUGUCAAGGAUGAGCGUGUGGAGAUCAAGCAGAUAACCAAGGACCGAAAGGUUCGAGUGACGGAGGAGACUAAGGAAGACAAGGUCCGGUUGGCGGAAAUCGCGCGGGACGAGAAGGUCCAACUGGCGAGGCUGGCACAGCAGGAGACCAUAAGGCUUGAGGAAUUGAAGGUGCGACUCGAGGAACUGAGGGUUCAAGAAGUCCAGUCUCGAGAGGACAUGAGAAAGGACGUAACUAUGAAGUAUGCACAGAUCGAGUGGGAGGGUGAGAAGGCGGAAUUGGGAAGACUGAAGGAACUGCAGGAGUUAGAUGCGAGGGAGCGCAGGGCGACGAUGUUAUUGAAGCAUGUGGAGCAUAUGGCCAUUGCAGCGUCCAAGGAAGCAGCGGCAGAGAGGGACAUAUCUGGAGCUCAAACUGACGCGAGUGCGAAUACAAACAUCAACGCAGAUGCCCCCUUGGACAAGAUUCUAGGUGGUAUAGACAAGGCAGUCGCUUUCGUGAAGAACACAACGGCCGUACUAGACUUAGAGCCACAGGAGGCUGCACCGUCCGAGACGCCUUUGACCGAUGAGGGUGUUCCAGGCAACGCUGAAGGACCAGGAGACAAGACGUCUGAGGCUUCUACUGCUCCUGAGGCGCCUGUUGCCCCUGAGGCGCCUGCUGUUCCUGAGGCAUCCAAGAUAUCCAAAGCGUCUGUUGCCCCUGAGGCGCCUGUUGCCCCUGAGGCGCCUGCUGUUCCUGAGGCAUCCAAGAUAUCCAAAGCGUCUGUUGCCCCUUAGGCGCCUGUUGUUCCUAUAGCACCGAGACAAAGACGCUCAAAAACGUCGUAUUACAGCACGCUCGGAGAUGGCGAGUAUUCGUUACAUAGACUAUCACGCCAGCUCAUCUCAUGAGAUAGUGCAUUCAAUGAUCUGUAUCCGCAUGGACACAGCUAUUUACGAGCACCGUUGCCAAUCGAUAGAACCUCAGUCUGUCUAAUAAACAUCUACUCAACCACACCUAAUUGCACGUAUACAGGAGCAAGGUGGG